UCUCUCUCUCUCUCUCUCUCUCUCCGUCCCCGGCGAUGCCGGGAGCCAACAACGACGGAGGGCGGAUGGAUCCCCCUGUUCCCUUUCCCUCCGCGGGCACGGCCAUCCCACCUCCCUCCCGCUCCCCUCCUAUUCCUCCGCGAUCCGGCCUCCACCCCCAGACGCAGUCCUCACCGCCCCACGCCUCUCGCCUCCGAAGGGUGGAUCUUGGCUCAUUGGUCCGAAUUGGAUCCCCGCUUUGUCGUGCGUUACAAUGGUGGAGGCGGAGCUAAACUGAGACAGAUGGCGUUUCAGACAGCCAAACUCGCAUUUGUUUUUAGAUGCAUGUCAAUUUGAUUUCACACCCCCCAUUGGCAUCCUUCUUCGGCCUGUUGGUCAGCGAUUUUACUCGUUUUGAAAUGCUUAGAUCAGUCGAAUUUGCGGGAUUUGACUUUUUUUUCCAGUGUUGCUCUUAGGAUGUUAGUAUGGAUCUCUUAUGUGAUAUUUAAAUUGUUGGGAAUUGUUACUGCAGCAUUCAACAUAGAUUCUAAAAAUGUUUGCACUGCAGAAAAGUUUUGCUUUUUUGUAUGGCAACAUGCUACUGGUAUGCUUACCAUUACCUGAUUACCAUAUGUUGCUUUCUGGAAUUAAUAAUCUCUGCUAUGCCAGAAGGCACAAGUGUUUUCCCUCAUGCAAGUCAAAUUUCACUGCUAAGUCGAAUGUCGCUAAUGGAAGCUUUGAUGCAGAUUUGGCCUUGAUAAUGCAGAAGAAGCGGUCUUAAUCAUAAAACAUAGCAAUGGGGAUAUCCAAGGUGACUGGCACCGCCGCAACAGCUUUUCUUGUCAUAUCUGUUAGUUUGUGGGAGCUGGGCAUGAGAAUCGUUACACUUCCUUUCCUAUUCACCGGCAUUGUUGCUGGCAUCGUCACUUUUGCAUCCCAUGAUGCCGUCAACCUACCUUGGAUCUUGGGGAAGAACUCGGUGGGAAGAUUCCCUGUUUGGUCAAUUAUACUGUUCGGUCCUUUCUUGAUGCUUGCUCGGACAUAUGCGAUGGUUAAGAGAUUCAUGAGAAAGGAGUCUGUGCAUGACAAGAUCGUGGAAGGCCUAUAUCUGGGAGGAUGGCCGUUUCUGCUGAAGCAUCUGCCCCCUGGAAACCCUUCUGUCAUAGAUUGCACUUGUGAGCUGCCAAGAAGUUCCUUCGUCCCAAAAGAUGAGUAUCUUUGUCUUGCAACCUGGGAUACAAGAGCUCCAACACCAUCCCAAAUCGAACUUGCUGCGCGCUGGGCUUGUGAAAAGAGAUCCAAGGGGAAACCUGUUUAUGUCCAUUGUGCAUUUGGUCAUGGAAGAAGCGCUUGUGUUGUGUGCGCAAUUCUAGUAGCGCUUGGUGUCGCUGAAACUUGGAAAGAUGCUGAGAAUAUCAUACGUGAAAGAAGAAAGAUAAAAAUGAAUGCUCUUCACCGGAAAACCUUGGAAGAGUGGUCCAAACAUCGAGCUGCUCAGAAAAAGGGAAAUUAGUUGUAUGUGAUACCAUUUUCCUCAGUGGUUUAAAGCCUGUUUAAAACAUCAUAAAGUGGCAUAUUAGGCCCGUUGUACGAUUGUAACAUUGUUCUUUUCAGAUAAUACAAUGUACGUGGCAACCAUUUGCACAUGAUUCAA